GACACUUUCAUCAAGCAUCAAAAUCUAUCCGUUCUCUAUUUUCCUCCCAUUCUCACAUCAACAUUACAUAUAAUCACUCUCUGUUUUUCUCUUUCUCUUUCAUUCAUUCUCUCCUUUAAUUCAGAUCUACCUUUUCCAUAAUGCAACUCCAUUAACACUAUUCACUGAUUAUUCAAUUUUGUAUAAUAACAACAUCUGAAAAUCGAGUUAUGAUGUCAAGAAGGCCGGGAAACUCUUCUCGAAGAUUCGGUGACGGAAAAUCGAAAUCGUCACCGCUUUUGUCAAUUGCGCUUAUAGUCGUGGGAGCUUUGUUUAUCGUUGGAUACUUCUACAAGGGUUCAGGUGGACUUGGUGGCCGCUUAGAUUCUGUUAGUAGGGUUGAAGGUGCAGGUGAUUAUUUGUGCAGUGGAGAGGUCCAACGAGCAAUUCCUGUUUUACAGAAAGCAUAUGGAGAUAGCAUGCACAAAGUUUUGCAUGUUGGUCCUGAUACUUGCUAUGUGGUCUCAAGAUUGCAAAAGGAGGAUGAAACCGAAGCCUGGGGUGUAGAACCAUAUGAUGUAGAGGAAACUGAUAGUAAUUGCAAAACACUAAUCCGUAGAGGCAGUGUGCGUGUGGCUGAUAUCAAGUUUCCUCUUCCAUAUAGGCAAAAAUCUUUCUCUCUUGUAAUUGUUUCAGAUACUCUGGAUUACCUAUCCCCAAAAUACCUCAAUAAAACUCUUCCAGAUUUGGUGAGAGUAUCAACCGAUGGCUUAGUGAUAUUUACCGGUAUUCCAACUAACCAAAAGGCCAAGGUAGCAGAUGUUUCUAAAUUCGGAAGAGCGGCCAAGAUGAGGAGUGGAUCCUGGUGGGUCAAAUUUUUCCUUCAAAAUAACUUAGAGGAGAACGAAGCCGCAAAUAAGAAGUUCGAGCAAGCUUCAACAAAGAGUUCAUAUGUUCCAAAAUGUCAGAUAUUCCACUUGAAAUCACUCCAUUGAUUUGCGAGUUGAUUAAUCGAGUAGCACCGAUAGUUGCUGCUUCAUUUUUCAUCUAAAACAUUUUCUUCUAUAAAGGUAAUUUAAUUCAUUUAUAAAUAUUCGCCAUAGAUGGUGGUAUCACUUUUGUUGUUGCUUAAAAUAGAGAUAUUUAUUCUUUGAAAUACCAAUUCUUGGUAGCAAAGGACAUUUUGAUUUGGUAUUUAACUAAAUUAUAAGUUGAAUUAGGCGAUCGAUCUAUAAUUAAAGUAGCAGUGGAUGUUGUACUAAAGUGAUAUACUCCUUUUUUUUUUUUUUUUUGUUUCUUGAAAUGUAAGAAGUUAAUAUUGUUAUAUUUGCACUACUCAAUUCUUCCAAAUUAAGUGCUUUACAAUUUAAAAAAUGUCUCAAAUUAAGGUUCGGUUUGCAUAAACCUAGCAAUAGCAAUAAAAGAUAAACCUAUGUAUGUUCUGAUAUAUUGGAAUUCAACUCUGCACAUCUGUCUUAAGCUAUAAUUUCUCUGUAUUUACAAUGGAUAGUUGUCUUGGAACGCAAUGAACGCCAAAACAAUAGUAUGUUUGGGAGGAAACAUAAGAAAAAUAUGGUGAUUAUAGUUAAAUACAUAAAGAACAAAAUAAGAAGUCAUUGAAGAUUUAAAAAAAUGGCACCUUUUAGAGGAGAGCAAAAUUGAAAGCCAAAUUUAGAGGUCGGAGAUAAAAUGAAACACCGGUAUCUUCAUAACUAGAGCGAAAUGUUCAAUAAAUAACAUAUAAUUAAUAAAAAUCAAAUAAAGCUCUAGGCACAAAUCUCAAAACUUUCAAUCAUGAGAACAAGAACAAUCAAGACAU